UCUUAGCUGAAACCUACAGGCAAAAACGGUCGAAUCCACAUUUUCAACGAAAACCUGGACCUUCCGACGUUUUCGAUGGCAACAGCUCAUGAUCGCCAUCGCCCAGUUCGCAACGCACUGCACCAGUGGCAGCUUGAACAAGAUCAGAAACACAUUGCGGCUACACAACGGCGUGUGAUGCGCAUGGCAGCGCCUUCUCUUGGCCUUGGCAGCGACCGUAGGAGACCGCGACCCGUGCACGACCCAGAAGAGGACGCACUUAUGUCGCUUCUAAUGGAGCGAGACGAGCGAGAAGCAGCCACAUCCAAUCAACACCUAAAGCCGUCCAGACUACAGUAUCCGUCAAAGUUGCCAGUUUUACGCCGUCCCGAGGGCUCCAAGCCAAAAAGCGCUAAUUCCAUCAAGAAUGUCACUUUACGCUCUACAGGACAGAAACUUAAUGCUGCAGGCGAUUUCUACUCUCCAGUGAGACCAAGCGAGUCCUCACUCAACAGUUCAAGCUCAGGAUUCCGACAACAGCUAUCGUUUUCAAGGAUUAAAGCUCCAACGCCGAAACGAUUGGUGGGGACGACAGCAUCGCCGUCACCAAGGCAUUCGCUGACGUACAACCAGAUGGAGACUCCAGAUAGAUGGCGUACCACUGCGAUGCGGUCGAAUCAGGACGAAUUGAAUGAAUCCGCAAUAAAACGAUGGGAGGAGGAAGACGCACUACAAGCUGACAGAUUGUUGGAGAAAGCUGCGAAGGAUGGAGACAACGAAGCACUCUGGAAUGAUUUCUUUUACGGAACUAAAGCUGCUCGUGCCAAGGCGAAGAAAGUACCAGAACAACCUGUAGUGUACUCGACUAGCAGUUUCCCAGAGGUUUUCUCACGCAGUAGAUCGAAUUCGCAUGGCAGUUCGUGCUACGAAGAUGAGCGACCCAAGUCACCGCAGAAGGUGUUACCCAAUGAGUUAUGCUCUCAGCCAACACGUAAACAGACAGUGAUAUCCACUAUGCAGCAUAGCGAUGGAUCGCGUGCUGCCGACUCGAAUGCCCCCACUUCAACGCAAACGAUUUCAGAGAUGCUGGCGUCGAUGAACAAGUCGACAGGUGAGCCAGACAGUGGAGAUCUUGUAGCUGGUGAUCAGAACGACGACGAUUCCAAUGGCGAUAAGUUCUGUCGUGACGGGUCUGCGGAUGAUCAUGGUGGCGUACGAAUAGGAGCUUCUGGUAUGGAGAUUCCACGAUGGAAUAUGAUCGUGGUGGCUAGUUGCUUGGUGGUGGGGACGAGCGGGUUUUUCAUGGAAGAGUUAAUGAGUUUGGUGGGAUUAUUCUCGAGACGCACUCUAUUCACGGUUUCUAGAAGAGAACAAGAGCGAAUGCGCAACCGAGUAAGCGCUCUGCAGCAGGAGCUUCAGGGAUUUCAGUUGUCGACAUCGGAGAUUGAGGUGAAGUCGCAGACUGCUCUAGCUGAGCUGCGUCAGCACAUGGAUAGGAUGCGGCUUGAUCGCGAGAAGCAUCAAGACAUGCUCGCGAAUGAGAUGCAAGAACUGCGUCGACAUGUUGUACAUGUCACCCAUGAGUUGGUGGAGAAGGAACGGGAAUCUAUUCAGACACAACUGGAGGAAAUGGUCAAGAUCCAGGUGAUUAACCAAGAGAACGCACACAAGCGCAAUGCAGUUGCCGGACAUGAAUACAAAAAGGACGAGGAGCCGGGAGAAACUACAACUGAAAUAAAGCUCGACGUUCGGUCGGAUGUAUCAAAGGAUAAGUCUAACCUAGAGUCUCUGUCGGGUUCUGGCGACAUUGAGCAUGGGCACAAGGUUGACACAGCUCAAGCCACGAACCUGGAGUUCUCUAACGCUGAGCAGAGCCACAAGGAGAUCGUCGCUCCUGUCGAGUCGAAUGAGGUCAAUGUUUCGUCCGGACAAGCCUCUAAUCAACUCGACAAUUUGGAGAAGAAGGUUUCGUUACCGGAGCAGGAGGUAGCCGUUGCUCCGUCAAUAUCACAUUUACAUGUGAAUGGCCCUGAAACCAAAAUUGAGUCUUUACCUCAAUCUGACGUCGAAGAGAUUAAAAUCGAGCAUGCACAGACAGUUAUCGUGACGCCAGUACCAAUUCUUGAGCAUUGCGUCGACUCUUCAGCCGCGCCGGCAUUCAAUGUGAAAGCCAUCGCAAAGCCACAUCACGACGGAAUGGCGUUGGAUGGGAUUCUCCUACUUAUUGGCAUCAUGUUUCUCGCUGCUUGUGUCGUGCUUCGCGUUUACAACAUCAAUCGCCGCAAGAGGUGGUUCGAGGAGCGUCGAAAGAGGAGAAACCAGCGAGCAUUGCGACUAGCUCAGCUGCGAGCGCGGGCUAUGGCAGAAAACCAAAAUGACAGUGAAUGGGAUGACGACGAUGGCAUCGAGGAGGUUUCGCUUAUGACACCAGUACGCGAUAACGAGGACGAACAAGCAAAACCGGAGCAGGAACAGAAAUCAGCAGACGUCGAUACUGAGUUUGAGGACAACAACCAGGCUGAACGAACCUCGUAUUCUCCAGCAGAAGCCUAUCGCAUGGCAACGACUGAGCGAGUUAGCACCAGCACACGCAAGAGCAGUCGUAGUGGAGGAUCACCACUGCAGUUACGGCAACGCAGUCCUCGACUACGUCGGGAACUACUUGCAAAAUACACAAUAGGAUAGGCGACAUCUAACAUAGUAUCACCACGAACCUCCGAGAAGGGUUGACCCAACAUGACGUUGCCAUCAUUUCACUAC